AUGUCCAUGAGAAUGCACCGUCGAUAUAAUGUGGUAGCAGCGCUGCUCCCAAUCCUCUGGCUUGUGGCCGGGCAUGGAGAUGAUGAGGCGCACAAAGCUGGGAUGACUGAGGUGGACAUGACUGAGAGUGUUGGGAUCAAGAACACUACACACAACAGCCUGCAUAACAAGGCAAGCUAUGCAGCCUUAUCGGAGCAGUCAACCAUGAUACUGGCACAUGCCGUCGUCAUGGUUAUUGCCUGGGGGUUUCUUCUACCGAUAGGGGUCAUGUUCAGCAUCGCCAGAUCUCGCCUUACGCUCGCUGUGCAUUCCAUAUUCUUUCUAUUGAAUGCCCUGGGUGUUCUUUUCGGGACAGUAUACAACAUCAAUACGCCAGAUUUGUAUGAGAACAACGCACAUCAUGCCACUGGGUGGGUGGCCACAUGUAUCAUAUCGGUCCAGCUUCUGAUCAGCUUGCUGUCCAUCAAUCCAGGACGAAAGAAGAAGACUCGUUUGUUGGUUGCCGAAAGAGAACCGUUCCUGCCGUUGCCAAUGGCAAACAUACCCAUCAACCGUGGCAAUCACAUCUUCAACGGCCUCGCCCAUUUCAUCAAGGGAGGAAUCUUCUUCUGGUACGGACUGCUAACUUUGGGGCGUUGGAUGGGCUGCUUCGCGGAGUAUGGCUGGGCAUGGAAUGUCAGACCGUCCAACACUAUCCCGUCGGCUGAGUUCGUUGAGUCAUUUGUCAUUUUCAUAUAUGGAUCGACAAAUGUCUUCCUCGAACAUUUGGCCGCUUGGGGCGCAACAUGGACUGCGCAGGACCUGGAACAUGUCUCAAUAUCAGUCAUGUUUUUCGGUGGUGGCCUGUGCGGAAUAUUAAUUGAGUCCAAGACCAUUCGUAAAUGGCUCACUACAACGAUGGGUUCAAUACCUAUUGGUGAGCAUGUUCGCAAUUCCCAGGAUCUGGAGCUGCGCACGCCCCCGAAGGUCUACAACUCCUCUAUCAAUCCAAUCCCAGCAUUGAUAAUCUUUCUACUGGGCAUCAUGAUGUCUUCUCACCACCAAAGCUCCAUGGUAUCGACUGCAGUUCACAAGCAAUGGGGCAUGCUACUGGCGGGUUUCUCAGUCAUGCGAAUGGUCACCUACACCAUAAUGUACAUCUCGCCACCUACCUCGAUCUACCCAAGCCGCCCUCCAUCCGAACUCGUUUCCUCGUUCUGCUUGAUGUCAGGAGGCAUUGUGUUUAUGGCGAGCACCAAGGAUAUUGUCCUUUGGAUGGAAGCCAAAAACCUGAUGGCUAUGUUCCUCUUUACCAUCACUAGUGGUUUGACUGCUUUCAUAAUGGCGUACGAGAUCCUCGUGAUCUCCCUGAAAGGAUGGGCAACACGACGAGAGAUCCAAAGAUCCUCCAAAUCCAGGGUCUUUGGAUCUUGA